GUGGAAGGGGGUGGAGGGGUGUACCCAAGAAGGUAUCUAGAAGCCUAGGUGAGAUGAGACCGGGGCCAGGACACUCAACUACUAGGCACUUCUCCAUAAUAUCAAUUAUUAUCCCGAGGAUAUAGCAAAGUCGGUGGUCAUGCUCAGUGAUUCUGGCACCGAACAGGUAGGUAUCUCUGGCAAUCAAUCCAGUCUGUGUACGGCGUACAAAGCAGUGCAUAUGUACACACACACUAAUUUGUCAGUGAGUACAGGAUCCAGCCAUGAAACUAUUCAUCAUCAUCAUCAUCAUCAUCAUCAUCAUCAUCAUCAUCAUCAUCAUCAUCAUCAUCCUCAUCCGGUCAAGAGUAUGCAAGCCGGUGCCUGGCCAGGAAGGAAGGAACCCUGGGUCUUCGGAUCGGGCGGAGGCGGAUCCGGCUGAAUAAGCACUGGCCCAAUGGGAGCGGUUGCCGGCUGGGAAAAAAAGAUGCCAGCCUCAGGCACCCAACAUGGGUC